AUGGAUAACCUCUACAAGCGUUCGCUACGUGAACAAUGGGACGCCAGCCUCAUGGGAGCACCGUUUUGGGAGGGUGUGACUCAAGACACCCAGGAGCUUGUUGGAAGUGAGGAACAAGCCCUAACUGGUCAAUUGCCACAUCAAAGCCCUACGCAGUUGCCUUCUAAGAAUCCUGUUCAGACUGCAGUCACAAGCUCUCCCGAGAACAGUCCAAAGAAGAAGAGUCACUUCCAACUCUCUCAACUUGCCUCUUUCAAUAGUCUCCGACUCCGAAACACCAUUCACUCUUCCCCCGCAGGGACCGACACUACAACCUCACCCGAGAAGAGCCCGACAAAGAGUGAGAAGAGUUCAAAGAAGGGUAGCUUACGUCUUCCAAGACUACCUUCCUUUAAGAAUCUCAGUCUCAAGCGCAGAGGUCCCAUCCUCGCGUCAACUGAGGGUAUUGUUGAACUCCAGAAGCCUACUCGUCCUUCAAUCCUAUCUCCUUCUACUUUCCUCCCACCUGAGUCUCCUCUUCCCCCCAUCCCCAACACUCCCCGCCCUGCUUUUCGGUCUCUCUAUAGAGGACCUUCGGCUGCCAACUUAGAUAUUGCACCCCCCAACCCUUCUGAGGGCUUUCAUCCCUUUCUCACAAUUUCUCCGAGCCGUCCCAGAAUUAUCAGUUUUCAAGAGUGGCUUGAGAGAGAAAGUAAUCCUCACCCUGAAACUGUAACCACUCCUCACCCAGCUCGCAGUUCUCGCAUCAGCCUGAUGGCCCACCUCAACGAUGGUGGUACUUGGGAUACUAUCCCUCGCACCCGUUCAGUCCUAGAACUGAACAUGUUUUUCGACGCUCGCAAGGUCUCGCCUAAGAGCCUUGUUGAUCUCGAUGAUGAUCAGAGUGUUGACCAAGGUGCCAUGGUCGACAAAGCUACUAUGACCGACCCUGGCAUCGACUUUUCUAACAUUACCCCCACCGCCAUGGUCGACAAGGUCACCAUGACAGGCUUCGACACCGAGACCGCUGCCACCGACAAGGCCACCAUGGCCGAACUCGACAUUGGGGGUUCUGCCACCGACAACCUGCCCGCUGACAAGGGCACUGCUGAGACUGAUGUCAGCACGGAGUGUGGUACCAACGAGCUGACCACCGGUGACCACCUGGCUACUGAGGCCACCGAAGACCGCGGAGCUCACUACUCCGUCAAGAAGUCAUCAGAGGAGAUCAGAAUCUCCAUUCUCACCCUGGAGCAAGUGCGGCCCUUGCUCGAGUUCUGCAACCUGCGUGUGCUGAAGCUAGUUGGUAUGAUGAAAUCAUACCAGCCUAUCAUCUGGCAGACGGUGUGGUUGAACCCCCAGCUCACCACUCUCGAGCUGGAGAUGGCAGUAGGCUUGGACAUCAACAAGCCCGUGGGUCCAAGUGGGUGGGCGCCCAUCAAGAAGGGAUGGGUGAUGAAUGUGAAGUCGCGUGCAGCCCCCGUUUACUAUGGCCAAGGCGGCGGUGAGAUCUCGAGAAAAAUCGGGUACGGCGAGUACCUUGAUAAGUACUGCAUCGAGAAGGGAAAGAUGCUGGCCCUCUGCACCGGUUUCCCCGUCCCCCCCUCCCUGCCGGUCAAGCACCUCACCUUGACCGGCUUCGCCGUGGACGGGGACCCGUUCGGGAUGUGGUUUUGGAACCUCGAGGAGGUUCACUUCAAGAAGGACUGCAUCGACUGCGGUUUCUGGUUGUCUCGCGCCCAGCGAGACGUCCGAGUUCGUCACUCGGACGAGUUUGGAGUGGCCCGGGGCGAGGACGGGCCCUCCGUGGCUGGCUCCACCGAGGAGCUCGGCGAGGAGGUACUUGCUGACCUCACCGCUGCGGUGGGAGGCCUGGGGGCCUCGAGGAUGUGA